UACAAGAUAAGUGAUUAAAUGUUUAGAUCACGUCGAAAGCAAAUUAAAGUUGAAUUUGACAUUUUCUUUUCUACACGCAAGAUAGUAUAGAACACUUACAUCGGAAAUGAAGAUCGUAUCUGCAACACUGAUGGCAUGCGUUUUGUUGGCAUUAAGUGUGCAUUUUGUCAGAGUCAAGGGUGAUUCCGAAGAGCAGGUAUUGAAAACAACCCAACAACCAGCGAAUACAUCCAGUGAUAUUGUGACUGUUGAUACAGAGUCAGGAAAUGGACCACGCAGUGAGAAGCAAGUUGACGACUGUGGUCUCGGAAGGCACUGCAGUAAUGGUACCUACUGCUGCCACAACGGAGGCUGCUGUCCUCACGGUUGGUCGUGUUGCUCUCUCACACAUUGUUGCGCCGGUGCCGCGGGGUUGGCGGGCUCAACACUAGGACACACCAUGGUGAUACUGUGCUGCAUCGCUGGCUACUUUAUUGCCAAACAGGACAAACAUAUACUUAUGUAAAAGUACACGUGCUGAUUCGUGAAUAUUAGAAAGACUAUAAAACAUCAGUUUGGACGAACGGGUGUAGCUUGACGUUCCUGUUGAAGGUGUACUGCGGUUUACAAGUUGUCUGCGAUCUACCUCUUUCGGGUGUACAUAUGCCCACCCAUACUCGCAUUAUUUGAAUAUUCAAAGAAAUCGGAGACCAUGUCAGCUUAUCAGUUUUGUUCUAAAAUUUCUUGGUGAUGAGUUUCAUAAUUAACAUGAAUGUGACCAUUUUUAACCCUUAGGAAAAAAACCCGCAUUUUUAUGCACAUUUAAUAGAAUAGCAAAUGAAUAGUAAAUAUUUUUGUAUAUAUAUACAUUUAAAUUACUUAUGUUGGCAUUGUUUUGUAAAAUUAUUUUGCUGAUAUUUCAUUCUCCACAUACUUCGAUAUUACCUAUGUUGUAGAUACCUUGAAUAACUCGCACAUCUCAUUUUACUUUUAAUGCAUAUAUAUGUUUCGUCUUUAUACUAUUUGCUGUUGCUUACAUAUAAUUAUGUUUCAUGGUUGAGUGAUGUCAAGUGUAUAAUAUGUGGUUUGAUAAUAAAACAUCUUAACCAUGAAUAA